UGUUUCGCUCGCAAAAAAACAGUUUAAUUGUUCGACUUUCAGUGAUCAACAUGCGUGUUUACUUUGUGGCUUUUGCAGUGGCUCUGCUGGGAGUGGUAGGUGCCAGUUCUCUGUCCAGGACCUAUUUGCCACCUCAAGUCCAGGUGCAGCAGCCCCAUGUGAUCUCUGCUCCGAGGGUUCAGCAGCAGAUCAUCCGCCGUCCGGUGGUGCAGCCACAAAACACCUAUCUGCCCCCAGCCCACAGGGUGGUGCCUCAAGCGAUUCAUCGUUCUGCCCCUCAACUGCAGACCAUUGCUCGUCCUGUUCCAGUUUCUGUGCCCCGUAACACCUACCUGCCGCCAUCUCAAGUGAUUUCUCGCCCAGUUCCACAAGUGAUCUCCGUGGCUGCCCCACGUAACACCUACCUGCCACCCCGCAACACCUAUCUGCCACCCCAGUAAGAUGAAUCAUCAACAUCAACCCAAUCGAAAGAAUAAAACCACAUCUCUGAGCAGCAAACAAGUCAACUGGUUUGUGGUUUAACCCACGCCGCCAACUAUAUUCUAAUGCUAAUUCUCCAGCUCAGCAAAGAAAUGCAAAAAUACAUUUAAUGUGUAUAUUUGCAUGUCUCGAUUCGAUAACACCAAUUUGCAUAUUCCCGAAUUAGUUAAAAACAAACAAUAAAGAAAGCUUAGAAAUAUAAA